CAUCACAGAAUCUCCUCCUCCUCCUCUACAGCUCUAUCAUGGCGGCUCUGUGGCUCCAGUCUGUCUCUCUGCUGGUCUUACUGGUCGUGUCGUGGCCGGGCUGCCAGGCCGUGGCUCAGCCUCAGCACCUGUGCGGCUCUCACCUGGUGGACGCCCUGUACCUGGUCUGUGGGGAGAGAGGCUUCUUCUACAACCCCAAGAGAGACGUGGACUCUCUGAUGGGUUUCCUCCCUCCGAAGGCAGGCGGAGCGGCGGCGGCGGCGGGUGGAGCAGCGGCGGCGGGCGGCGAGAACGAAGUGGCCGAGUUCGCCUUCAAGGACCAGAUGGAGAUGAUGGUGAAGCGGCGAGGCAUCGUGGAGCUGUGCUGCCACCGACCCUGCAACAUCUUUGACCUGCAGAACUACUGCAACUGAGCAGCCGGCUCUGAUUAGCCUAGCUUAGCUUAGCUUAGCUUCCUGGCUAAUUUAGCCUGACCCUCCCGACCCUGAUCCCCCCAACCCUGACCCCCCACCCCACCACCCCGCAUCAGAAGUCGUCUCUCUGAAAAAACAAAUGUUGAGAAAUGGAUGAAAUUAUUUUUCCUAGAAAAUAAAGUUU